GGAAAGAAGAGUUCCAAGGAACCUAGGCUGUUGGGUUCCUAAAUCAUUAUCUUCAACCUCUAAAUCCUUUCAUUUUCUCCCCCCUUCCCCAACACCAAAUUUGGGUUCCUUUGCAAGUUCCCACUUGCUCAACUUCAUGCUCUAUGCUAGUGAAACUAACGAUGAUGAAGAAGAGGAAGAUGAGGCUGUAGAUGAUUAGGAUGAGGAUGGAGGUGAGGAGGAAGAUGGAUUUGGUGAGGACAGUGAAUAGCAAGAAGGAGAAAGGAAAGGGGAGAGAGAAAGAAAUGGCUGGGCUGGGUACACUUGGAGUUAACGGAAUGUAACGGAGAGUGAGUGUAUGUAACAGAAUGUGUAACAUAAGAGGGUGUUUGUAGCAUUUUCCUUACUAUAAAGUAAAGACACUCUC